AGAGUUGUAAGCCACGUAUCAUCAAACAAUCUAUCACAUUCUCUUCUUAUAUCAACCAACCAUACUCAUCUCACCUUAUCCUUUUCUCCCUUUUAAUCCAAAUAUACAAAACUCCCUUCCCAUAACAUAAACUCUACACACAUUUCAACAAACCAAGAUAAUAAUAACAAUGGCUACAGCCUCAGCAACAACUCCAUCUACAAUCACUGUUGUAGGAAGCUCAGUUAUUGGAACCAAAUCAAGGAGUACUAAGAAGGGUAACAAUGUCAAGUUUAUCACAGGACUGAAUUCAUACAAUGGAUUGAAAGCACAGAACAGCACUGUGACAUCACUAGGAGUUCCUAUGUGCACUGAACAAGCUUUUGCAAAAGUGAUGAGUUCAUUGAAAUAUCCAUCAAAUGGAGGAAGAAGAGGAGGUGCAGGUUCUUCAACAUGUAAUGCUGCAGGUGAGAUUUUUCAGAUUGCAGCUAUUAUGAAUGGACUUACUCUUGUUGGUGUUGCUGUUGGAUUUGUUCUUCUUCGAAUUGAAGCUGCUGUUGAAGAAGCUGAGUAAGAAUUUUUCAUAUAUAUUUGUAAUAAUGUAAUGUAAGUUUAUAUCAGGAAGAAAAAUACAAUUUGUAUGUUAUGUUUGAUUCUUGAUGUGAUGAUGUAGAACUCAAUUGUUCUUGGAGGUAUUUGAAAUAGUAGUACCACUUGAAUUUUUAUUUUGAGACAGAAUUGUACACAUUAAUGCUGUCUGGUUUUUUACUUCAAAAUUGGUUGGGAAUUUGAA